GCGUCUUCGCCGCCACCGCCGACGGGCCGCAGCCCUGCCGCGGCCGCGUCUGCGUCUGCGCCGCCUACAUGCCCCCGCCGCGGCAGCCCUACCGCCGGCCCGCCCCCGCCCCGGCCCCGGCCCCGCGCCCGUCCAAUGCGCCCGCGCCCGCGCCGCCGCAGCGCGGCCCUCGGGACCAGGAGGAGCUCGAGGCGGCGAUCUACGACUUCAUGCGCCGCUCCGACAAGCCCGGCGCGUUCCCCACCCGCGCCGAGCUCCUCGCCGCGGGGCGCGCCGACCUCGCCGCCGCCGUCGAGUCCAGCGGAGGCUGGCUCUCCCUCGGAUGGUCCUGGUCCUCCGACGACGACGCGCGACGGCCGGCUGCGUCAACGGCCGGCCCCGGCGUGCACCCUGACUACCCGCCCGAGGCGGGUGCCUCUGGCCGAGCGCCGAAUGCGACGGCGGAUUCCGUAAGGGAGCAGCAGGAACCCACGCCGUCUGGGAGGCAGCCAGAGACGGAGGAGACACAGGAGGCAGGGUCUGGGGCAGGCCUGGAGGGGAUGCUCACCAGGCUGCGGAGAGAGAGGGAGCGUGCGCGGCCACCGCCACGCAGCAAGAAUCGAGCGGGAGGGCAAGGUCAAAAUGGCGCUUUAAUGAACCAUAAUGGAGCUCCUAGUCGAAGUCCAACUGAUGGCAUGUACACUCGAAGGAUACCUGUGAAUGGAAAUAUACAUCGCUCUCAUUCUCAAAAUGGAAUACCAGAGGACAACAAAUCAAGUAGUUCAGCCAAUGAUGCAUGGCGAACAUGGUCUCUUGACAAGAGUCGGUUUUCUGAUUUUGAAGCCGCUGAGAUCCAUCCUUUGAGCAGAAAACCACCAAAACGUGCUGACCUGGACACUGUGUUGAUAGAAGAUGAUGUUCCCGGACCAUCUAAUGAUUCUCUUAAGACAUUAAGAUCAAGAUUUGAUGGAGUUUCGUCAUAUAUGUCAAAUGGCGAAGAAGCAGAUGUGGUAAAUGGGUUCUCUGAUGAUUGGGAAUUUGAAGAGACAAAAGUAAUGCAUGCCCAGGAAGAAUUACGGACAAUCCGUGCUAAAAUAGCAGUAUUAGAAGGCAAGGUGGCGCUCGAAAUAAUUGACAAGAACAAAAUAAUUGAAGAAAAGCAAACGAGGCUUGAUGAAGUUGAGAAGGCUUUGAGUGAGCUCCGCACAGUAUCUGUUGUAUGGCCCAAUCCUGCUUCAGAAGUUCUAUUGACCGGUUCUUUUGAUGGGUGGACAAGCCAAAGAAGGAUGGAACAAUCAGAAGGAGGCAUUUUUUCGUAUAACCUGAGGUUGUAUCCUGGUAGAUAUGAGAUUAAAUUUAUUGUUGAUGGUGUUUGGAAGAACGACCCGCUGCGCCCUACUGUGAACAACAAUGGGAACGAAAACAACCUUAUGAUUGUCACUUGACCUGCAUCCUUGUAGCAACUGUGUAGAUUAUAGAUUGUCAUCAACAAUGAUUGGUGCCAACUGAUUAGAUAUGUUCUUUCUUCCUUGUAGCUUAUCAGUUUUUGCCGCCUGUCAUCUCUUGAUUUUCUUUUAGAGAGCCACGCGCGACUUUGAACAGUGUAGGGUCAGGGUGUUGUCUUCACCCCCGCUGAGAUGGGAGAAGAAUAUAGCUCAAUGUUUGUGCGUUC